AGUUCACAUAAACUCCUGCAGCCUACCUACAGCACAGAGAGGAGCUUCAGCUCUUUUUUUUAUAUCAGGGAAUCCUGGAUGGCCGCAAUCAAUGAAUGCCUGCAAUCCAUCAAGGGAGUAAAGAAGACAGCUGAUUAAAACAUGGAGAGAAUGGGGAUUUGCUGUUUUUCUGCUUUUAUGAAAACUCCAGCAGUGUGCUAAAAGUAAGAUUACAUGCUUCCUAUAAGUGGCAGGCUAGGCCAGCUCGGCCGCUGAUCGCAGGGUGGAGUGGAAAAUAUGGUUUUCUACUAUCAUGUGAGAGAGGAGCAUCAGCACAAAGGAACUGUAAAAUAAAAGUCAACAAGGAGCUGAAACCCUCUUAAUGCAAGUUGAGGACCACAGAACGAUGCAAGUUAUAACAGUGGACCACAGUUGCUUAAGGUUUUUGUGUCCAAACUGUAGACGUACAAACAGUGGACCAGACUUUGCUAUUUCAUGCCAAUAGCAAGUAUUUCAGGAAACUGCCUGCAUUUUACUUCACACACAAAGAAGUGUUCGGCUGCCAACAUGAAGCCCAGGGUGAAAUGACAGCAGGAGUUCUGUGGCAGACAUUCCGAGACAAAUUUGAAUGAGCACAAGGGGCUUUCUUCUAACACAGAUGUUUUCCUCAAAACAACCUAGAUUGAACUGAGAUCUGUUACAGUUUGUAGGUAGUGAACAUUUUAUUUGUUUUUUUCACUACCUGAUCUUUUCAAGAACUCUUAACACUGAAUGGCUUUGGUACUUUUUAUUGAUUUAUGCUGAGAUAUUUUAUUGUUCUUUUGUACUUAGAAAAACUGAAAUAUUGAGUUCUCACGUUGACAAGUGCCUUUAAGAUGUCUGAGAAGACAUUUGGAAUGACAGGUGAAUCUGUUGACAGCAAUGGCAUCAAAGAUGCUAAAAAGCAACGAUCCAGGUCACUAAGUCGUGCCUUUAGUUGGAUGAAGAGCAGAAAAAAGAAUAAAAAGAAUGCAGAUAGUCCUGUAGUGAGAGGGGGGAGUGGAGAUGCCACGAGCAAAAAGAAGCAGAACAGCCUGGGUCCUAAAGCAAACCCAAAGCCUGAUGAUGAAAACCAGCUCACGGUACAUUAUACGGCUGGACAGCCUUACCAGGAGAAUGUGUUUAUACCCGGGAAUAGGCCGCAAUACUUGGAGAACCUGCACAGUGAGGCCCAAGAAGGCCUCAAAUCACUGCAACAAGAAAAUGAAACUUUGAAUGGAAAUGGACUGGACUGUACAGAUAACCAGAGUCUCAGUUCUGCACGGACAUUUCAGCCAGAAGAUGAAACAUUCCAAAACCGGACGUCUGAUAAUCACUUGGCAGACCCACCAGAUACUCGAUCACAACUGACGCGCACUGGUUCAACCUUUAAGCCGUUGACUGUUACUCCAAAGAAAGAGAAAAAAGGACAAAAGAAAAGUAGAAGAACAACAAUCACAGGAAUUCCACAGCAGGUCGAAAAGGAACUUGGACUUGAAAGGAAGCAAAUUGACAAAACACAUGGAGUGGGAAAUGGAGCAGAGGAUACAACUGACAUUAUAAUUGCCCCUACAAUUGAUGGAGCUCCACAGCAAGAAAAGCCACAGGGCGUCCGUGUUCACUUACAAGCCAUUGAGGCUAUGGAUCUGGUAACAGAGGAAGAGGCUGAACAGAUCCUUCAUCGACAUAUUACAAAGGUUUAUCUGGAUGACUCAGUACUCAAUCACAAGGUUUGUCCAAGGCUGUCUCCACUGCAAAGACCAAAGUCUCUGGCUGUUCCUGGAAUGACUACAAACAGUUGCAUAAAUGAACCCCACAGUCCAGUGAUGUCAAUUUCACCACAGGCCACUUACCUGUCUAAGAUCAUUCCAAAUGCCAUUCUGCCUUUCUCUGUGGACAUAAUUGAGAUUAGCAGAAGUAGGAGCAGAAGCAGUGUUAGGACAGUUAGCAAAAGCAGCCUGGUGACGGCCAGCCCAGCACUCUCUCAUUCCAGCAUUAGGUUCAACACCCGGGGACUUAUUCUAAAUGAGUCAUCUUCUGCCUCUGAUUGGAGCCACUCACAGUCUUCUGAAACUAUUGUAUCCAACAAUUCAACAAUUUCUUCUCAGGGCAGCAAGAACUAUGGUGAAGAGGUCCACCCUCAGGAGAAGACAGCGGAGAAAUUAACUCCUGACCAAAUGAGCAUCAACAGCUGUUCCAGCUGGGUAACAGCUUCUUCCAAUGUGGCUCCAGAAGGAAACUCUCUUUUGACUGUAACUCAGUCAGAAUGUGGGAGAAGCAGUUCCCCAUGUGUCAGCAUGGAAAGUGCAGUUGAAGAAUCUGACACAAUAAGCAUAAAAAGUGAUAAGUCUUUUUCUAGAAAUUUAUCUGUCACAAAAAUGAAAAAACCACCUACACCUCCAAGAAGAACUUACUCACUUCAUCAAGCUGCUAAUGGGAAAGCCGAAGAAAACCUAGUGUCCAUGGCUGAGAAUGGGAGUGAUCCAGACCAAUUAGCAAACAAGGACUCUUUGACAAAAUAUGGAGGGCGGCAAAGUCAGAGUGAAGAAGAAGAUGUCUUCUCACCUGUUUUAUUAAGUGAAACCAAUAGUAUUGAUUUAAAAAUGGGGGCUUCUUCACCUCCUGACAACUCAGUAAAUAUUUCAGCAACUACUAGCCACCUGACCACUGAACAGGUGGAGAACCGAAAUAAUUUGUUUUCUCUGAAAAGUAAAUUUGAAAGGACAAUGUCUCCCUCUAGUGGCUACUCUAGUCAAAGUGCAACACCCACACUUCCAUCCAAGGGAAUAUGUUACCCACCUUCUCCAGUAAGCAAAAAAGCUAAGCCAAUAAAGCCUGAUAGGAUCAAUUCCUGUACUUCACCAGCAGCAUCGGUUUCUUCUUCACUGACUUCUCUUUCCUCAUCAACCUCAGAACCUGUUCAAAAAGAGCAAACACCUACAGUUUCCUCUCCCACAGCACAGCCAUCAAAGAAUACACUGAUAACUCUUCCAAAACCUUUCAUACCUGUGGGCAAGGUAAACGAUUCUAAGGUUUCAUCAAGGAAAGACUUGUUUUUCAUUCCACCUCAUCCUAAAGUUAAGGCUCCCCACCCGCCACCCCCAGAAGUGCGGAUGAAGAAUAAACGUACUGCAGAGAUCCCAAGCAAGAUGUCAAGGUCUGGAGAUGCUAAAGAGCAGCCAAAGGAAUCCUUGGAAGUGCCGAAGGAGAAGGCAGCAGGUCCACUUGCCCAACAGGAGACGAGGCUAUCAGUUAAUCACAUAGCUCCUCCUCCCCAGAAUGAUGCCCCUUCAUCUCCUUCACCUUCACCUCCUCCUUCUCAUCAACCUCCACCUCCUCCUUCUAAAAAUAACUCUGUGUCUUCUGAUUCCUCUUCUCCACUCACAGCUUUAGAAACCAACCUUGACCAUCCAACUUCAGAAAUCAUGUGGUCACUGCCACCUCCUCCACCCCCAGAGGAACAUAUAUCUACUUUUGCUUCUGAGGAUGAAUUAGAUUUCUCUUUCCCUCCACCCCCACCACCUGUUGCCACUGAGGCUGCAGACCCUCAGCCUGUGGUAAACACUUCAGAUGCUCAUUUAAAUGCAGAGUCUCUUCCAAGUAACAUGUUAACAUGCACAUCACCCAAAGUAAACACGGCAAAGGAAGCAAGUGCAUUUAAUGCAGAACCUUCUGAAUGUCCAACAGCAACCUUGGAUAAUUUACUACCUGUUUCUUCUCAGCUGGAAUCUACUACACAGCUUAAAGAGACUGUGGAUGUGUCUUCCUCAGAGGUGUCUCACUUUGCACCACAUAAACCAGCAGAAACACCUCAAAAUAUGCCUCAAGCACCCUCGCUUAUAACUUUAAACAAUCAGGUCCAUGCAAGUGACAAACCGGUGUUUAUAAAAAAGCAAGCAAGCCCUUCAUAUCAGGAAUUUACAACAAAAGAGGCACUUGCCCCUGACCACAAAGAAGAUCCCAGCAUUCCUCUAGUGACACCUUCUCUUCUCCAGAUGGUACGGCUGCGCUCUGUGAAUGUAGGUAACCCCUCACAAAUGGAUUAUCCUGCCACAGUGGUUCAGGAGAGUAAACAGGUGCCAGUAAAUGGAACCAGCACUAAUCAAAACAUACCACCAAAACCUAUUCGCAAAUCAUUGUCUCUCAAAUCUCCUCCUGCAGUCAAGGAAUCUUCACCUUCCUUAAAGUUACAGGAAGCCAUUCGCAUGAAAACUGCUGCCAUGUCCUCCAAGGGCCCCAGUCUGCCAAAAACAAGUGUACACAUGUCCACCACUGGACCUUGCCUUUCUCCAUCAAGCAAUAAUGACAAAGGACUCUUUUCCCCUCUGUCCCCAGAUGAUGGGAUAGCUAAAUCUCCAGCUUCCACUGCCAGCUUCAUUUUCUCAAAAAGCACCAAAAAAAUUGUUUUUGAGACACCAACAUCACCAGAAACUCAGACAGAGCUUAAACGGAACCUGGUGGCAGAGCUGAUGUCCAUUUCCAAUUCUUCAAAAGCUACAGGUAGCCAACAAAGUGCGAACAGCAAACCUGCAUUACAGAAAAAACCACCUCCAGUGGCAAAAAAGCCAGCUUACCUUCCGACGUGCACUUUAACUCAGCCAAAGACAACAGGGGAAGUUUUGUCACCUAGGCAUGGCCAUAGCUCUCACACUGAUGUGAAGGUAGAAAGUAGAAGCAGCGUGGAGUCGGAUUCAGCAUGUGCCUCUCAGUGGAAGCAAGAGACAGCGCAACUGGCAGGCCAGCAAGCACAAGCAGUACAUGCAGACACCUCAACAAGUAAUCAGAAAAUAGGAACUGCUGAAACUCCAACCCCAUGAAAGAUGCAAAUUUUCUUUUCUGAGCAACCAAAAAUUCAGGACUUCUCUCAGGAACCCAAGCAGGUCAGAGGUCAAAAUGAGAGACUAGCAGGAAAUAUAAACUAUAAGAAAUGACAAUUGUAAAAGAUUAUAAGCCUUAGCCUCACAAUGGCCUUCAUAUUUAUGCAAAAAAACUGGUGUUGGUCUUUAUUAUUUGUUAAUAUCUUUAUUUGGAAAUAUUGUUUUAAAAGAGGAAGUGGCAUAGUGCUGCUGCCUCAGAGGUCCAGUGUCUUGGGUUUAAUCCCACUCCCCUUUGUUGUCUUUGUGGAGUUUGCACAUUCUCCCCAUAUCCUUUUUUGUUUUUGUCCCACAUGCCCAGGUUAUGGUAAUCAAGGAGUCCAAAUUAGCUCAGUGAGUGUGUGUGUGUGUGUUUGUGUGUACCUAGCAAAGGACUAGAACACAGUUUUUUCCUAUUUUGUGCCCACUGCUGCUGGAUAGACACCAGUCUGAAUCCUUAAUUGGAUUUAGUCAACUUUGAGAAUGUAUGUGUGUUAUGAAUUGUAUUUCUAUGUGUCGCUCAAUGUUAACUCACAGAAUCGCUCGGAAAGAUAAAAGACACUGAGAUCAGGUGGUGGUUUGGCCAGCUAAAGAUGUUGUUUCAAAAAAAAAAAAAUCUUGUGUUUUGAACAAGAGGUCAGGGUCCAAGCUGAUUGUCUCGUAACGACAAGCUUGCAACUCUAUUUUUUAUAAAAAUAAUUAUGAUAAAAAUUUUAAAAUGCAGAUGCACUAUUCCUGUGAGGGGUGCACAUUAGUGAUGAAAAUAUUAUAAAUCCCCUUUUGCAGAUUUUCUUAUUUUCUACUGUAUUAAUUAGAUAGGUGCUUCAAGCUCAAUCAAUGUAUAUUCAGGUCAAAUUCAAAUUUAUUUUUAGUAGAGCACUAUUUGCUAAACUUUUUUCUCAAAGCGCUUUUAUAAAAUAAAGACAAUUUUAAAACACUAUGAUUUUGAAAGAGCUUCAGAUUUUUUUCUUAUUUUGAUUUUUUUCUUUGUUUUUAAGAUAUUUAUAGCACAGAUGAAAAAUAUUGCUGUGUUAAACACAUAUUACAAUACUAAACCAAAAAAUAUCCUUUAAUCUGUAAAGGUGAGCUUAAAUGAUAAUGCACUUUUUUCUAUGUUCCUUUCAUUGUUACGUGUUUUCUUAUUACUGAUACCAUCAAGCUGCUCAUAAAAUUUACAGUAUUGUCCUUCAAAGAUGUGCACAUUAGGGAUAGCUCAGAAUGUGCUGGUAUUGUCCACUGCUCCUCAGGCAUUUUGUGUGUUAAUUAUUCUAUGUGAACAUCUAGCUUUUGCCGAAAUUGCGUAAUACUUUACUGGUAAUGGCAAGAUACAGAACAAACACACAAAAACCUGAGGACCUCAGAAACUGCACAUGUCAGGUUACACAAUAAUACUGUCCCAUUUUACAUGCAUGGUCUAAAGAACACAUAUCUACGAGAUGGCUUCUGUAGUGCUCAAAAUUGUCCAGCUCUACAAACAGCUGCUCUUGCGUUCCAGAGGGAAAGAAACUAUGAGCUGCUGUUUAAAAUGAAACAGAAAUCACAAAGGUUAAAUCUAUUAUGAAUUGGGAGUUAGCAUCUAUUAACAGUAUUCAUGCAGAAAAGAGAAGUACAUGCGAUGCUACCUUAUGUGCACAUCUAGAAUUAACACAUCAGUAACACGAAUGUCUUCAGAACUGAAAAUUCUAUAUCAUACAAAAUAACCUUGACACUCUUAAACAUAUCCAUAUUAAAUCUCAGUUUUCAACUCAUCAGCUUCAAUUUGGUUAACGCUCGGUGUCCUUCUUACGAAUAAAUUGUAUUGACAGACUUUACUUACUUUCUUUCUCUUAAUGCAUUAAGUAAAAGUGUACAAACACAUUUCAAAUGUACCUGGAUGGCUGGGAUCUAAACCAGGUAAACUAAUUUUGGUUGCAGAAUUUGACAUCUACUGUAUAGCUGGCUAUGUCUUUGUUACAUGGUUAAAAUAAAUUCAUUAAAAUGAA